AUGACUCGCUUUGGGUCGUCUGAACCCGUUCCCGGGGAGUGCCCAGCCGACGUUGGUUGCCCACCAGUCACCCCUUCCCAGCUCAAGAUCCCCACUCCUGUGGUCGACCCAGCGACAGUUCCGGCACAACUCGUCGAUCUCGCAAAACUCUCCGACUCUGAGCUCAGUGCAGGAGUCACGCGUCUCAUUUUUACGGACAGCGACAUGGCUGGACGUGCCUAUGUUCGCUCAUUGAUGGAGCGAGCCGGUUUGGUGGUUCGCGAGGACGCUAUGGGGAACAUUUUCGGCCGUUGGGUCGGAAGCCAACCGGACCUGCCCGCCGUCGGAAGUGGUAGCCAUAUAGAUGCUAUCCCUAAUAGCGGUGCAUACGAUGGUACGCUGGGCGUUCUUGGCCCGAUUGAAGCGAUUAGAGCUCUGAGGCGCGCAGGAUUCAAGCCCAAGCGGUCGAUCGAGGUCUUGAUGUUCACCUCAGAAGAACCAACACGGUUUGGUAUCAGCUGUGUGGGCUCUAGAGCCAUGGCUGGUAAGCUUGAUCCAAAACAUCUCGACUCGCUCGCGGAUAUACUUGUCCCUGAUGGUGGCACGUUUCGUCAAGCCGCUCUGAAGGCUGGAUACGCGAAUACAACCGCUGACACAGAGGAUAUGGUGAAGCAGUGCUCACUUGGUGAAUAUGGCACAUAUUACGACUCCUUUCUUGAGCUGCACAUUGAGCAAGGCCCAGACCUUGAGGACGAGGAACUGUCGAUCGGAAUUGUAACCGCCAUUGCGGCACCGGCAGCAAUUCGCUGCGCCUUCACUGGCGAUGGAGGUCACGCAGGUGGGCAAGUCAUGUCACGCAGAAACGAUGCUCUGCUGGCUGCGGCCACGCUCACAAUUGCCGUUGAAAAGCUUGCUCUGGACACCGGGUCAAACGACACCGUGGCCACCGUCGGUGUAUUGCGUGUCGGACCAGGUGCAAUCAAUUCUGUUCCCCGAACGGCAGAAAUGGAAAUUGACGUCAGAGACGUUGUUGGCGCGCGCAGGGAUGAAGUUGUGUCAAAAAUUAUUUCGUAUGGAGAGCAGAUCGCGGAAAGUCGGAAUGUUCGUUGGUCUCAUGAUAUUGUGAACUCAGACCCACCCGAAACGUGCGCACCAAAGGUGGUGAGCGCAGUUGAGGCAGCUGCCAAGAGGUUGAACCUCGGCCAUAAGCGAAUGGUUUCACGAGCAUACCAUGACUCGCUGUUCAUGGCCGAGGUUGCACCAACUGGGAUGCUAUUCAUACCUUGCCACGAAGGGUACUCUCAUCGACCGGACGAGUUCGCAUCUGCAGAGGACAUCAAGAACGGCAUCGAAGCUCUAGCCCUCGCGCUUGCGAGCUUGUCACUAGCAUGAUGCCAGCCCUAAAAGUAUUAUUCACUUUAAAUAUCAGCGGGAAAGAAUUGUUCAGUCUUACCUUCGUACAAAAAAGUCUUAGUAAGCCUUCUCUGCGUCCGAAGCCAUCUUUUAUUGCUUCACGAGGGCGCAAGCGACUUCACAGUCUUCCCGCGUGAGGGUGACGAGGUCAUGUACACUCUUAGGUAUUUCGAUUUGCGCCAACCUCAACGCCUGCGCCCUCUUUAUCGUCUCAAGCAAAUUCCUCACACCUCGGCCGUUGCUGCCCCGAUAGUGGGGUCCACGACUGGCAACUUCUGCCUCAAAGAACCUUAGCAACAGCUCCCUCGCCCCGCUUCCUAACUUCAUUUUCUGCGGUUCCAAGACGCUGUCCGCGAUCUUCAUCAACUCCACCGCGCUAUAAUCCGCAAAGUGAAGUGUGGUUGGGAACCGCGACUCAAGUCCUGGAUUGGCUGCU